CUUGUAGAGUUGACUGCCCGUUUAGCCUUUCGUGACGGAUUCUACGAUAGAGGCAGAGGCGAGUUCACGUCUGCCUCCGCUAAUGCUCAUACUAUCCAAUGUAGCUAGUGAUGCCAAUGCGGCACAGCACUGAAUAUUCCACUUUGGUGGUUCGCGAUACCACGAUUCACGCUUCCAUGCCGGACUACAACAUGUCAAGCGAUAGUCCUGAAUGGGCAAUACGACCAAGUAAGAGAGAUAGACGCGUUGUUUGAUGCGUGACGGUGACUUUAUUGGCAACCGAGGUGACUGAUAGUCAAUGAGGUAGGUCGACAAAAAAGAGGGUAUAAAAAGCCAUGGACUACAGAUGAUAGUUCUCACUGAUGCCAAGUCAUUCAUCAUAACUCCUACAGUUCGUGUUUUAUCUUGCUCUCUUUAACACAAAAUGACUCGCAGCACUUUCAAGAGGGCAUCUACCCCUCCUUCUUCUUCUCACCAGACGCUGGAACAAUAUCUAGCUUCCCAGCCCUCCAUCUACAUUGUAGCCGAAAACUUACAUCCUCGAGAUCUGUCAAAGACGAAGGGAGAGGAAGGCUAUCGGAUUCUGGGCGCCUUUUUGACUGUCGAGGUUGCCAAUGAGUACGCCCGCAAGUACGCGUAUGGUCUCAAGAAAUGGGGCCAGUCGCCCAAGGGGUCGAUCUGGGCGGAGGAAGACCUCGAGCUCGUGGACGGCGCUGAGGGCAUAAAACGGUCCACUGAUGAGGUCGAUGGCACAGAUGAGUAUGUUGUUGCCUGGAGCCACUUCACAAAUAUCAAAGUGGCGAGAUGGUCGGUGAGGGAUACGGUACCCAAGGUGGAUAGCAGGACCGAAUUCUUCGAUCGCGUAGACUUCGUGGCGGAUGCGGGGGCUGCGGACAGUAUCUAUGGUGGUAGCGAUGAUGAAGAUGAUCACAAUAGCGACGAGGAGGACGAGGAGGACUCUAUGAUGGAGGACAUCAAGGAUGAACUUCAAGGGCUUGACAUGGACCGCAAGAUCAAGGCCGAACAACUGGUCAAUGCGAGCUACCACAGUUUGUAAACUACGUCGAGUGAUUAGUAUAUAGAGUAAAAUGAAUGACAAUAAGGCUGGGUUUGGCUGGACUUCAUGUUUUAUCUUCAUUCAAUUUGUCUCGGUUUCGAUGAGCCGUUCUCAUUAUCUAGUAACCAUUAGCUCGUAUUCGUUGUUUUAUAAUGUUCGUAAACAUUAGUUGAUUUGGUCCGAUUUCAAAGAACUUCACGAAGUAGGUACAUUCGCUGUGGGGAUCCGUCCCACUCUACUGGUCAAGUGCCCACUGUCUGCGAUUAAAUUCAUUAUCAAGCGAAUGGAUCAU